AUGUCUUUCACGUCAAUUCCGGUACUUGACCUGUCGUUGGCGUAUAAUGCCGAAACGAAACCUCAGUUCCUGGCAGAGCUCCGCCAUGCCCUGAUGGAAGUCGGUUUUCUGUAUCUGAAGAAUGUCGGAAUACCCGAUGAGCUGUUUCAGAGAGUAAUCAAAGAGGGCAAGGCCUUCUUUGACAUCCCCCAAGAAGAAAAACUCAAGGUUGAGAUGAAGAAUGCCAAGUCUUUCUUGGGUUACUCUCAACUGUCGGCCGAAAUUACGGCCGGCAAGAUUGACCACCGGGAACAGAUCGACCUCUCGACUGAGCACCCCAUCCCUGGUCCUGAUGAUCCCCUCUACUAUAACCUCUUGGCACCAAACCAAUGGCCUUCAGAGAACAUCCUCCCUGGCUUCCGCGAUACCUUCACAGAUUACAUGAAUCGCAUGGGCAAGAUAUCUAUAGCAUUCACUUCUCUCAUCGCUGAGGCCAUCCACCUCCCCCCUGACGCUUUCAACAAGUACUUUGACGAGAAUCAGCAGCACAAGCUCAAGAUUGUAAAGUACCCAGACGUCCAAGAGCUUGGACUAGACAAGACUUCCGGUGUUGAGGGCCAGGGCGUCGGUCCGCACAAGGACAGCAUGCUGUCAAGCUAUUUGCUGCAAGCAAGCCACCACCGCGGGCUACAGGUGCAAAACAUGAAAGGGGAGUGGAUUGAUGCACCACCCAUUGAUGGCACACUCGUCGUUGCCAUCGGUCAGGGGCUUGAGGCGCUGACGCAAGGCGUUUGUAUGUCUACAACACAUCGCGUGCUAAGUCCCAGGGCGGGUGACGGCGCGCGGUUUUCGAUUCCCUUUUUUCAAGGUGUCAGGGGGGAUGCAGACUUUGUGGACCUAGAGACCGUAGGCGUCGGGCAGGUGCCAAAUGAGAUUAAGGAGCAAAGGAGAAAGGUUCUAGAAGAAAACGGCGGGACUAGGCUUGAUGAUGUUGAGUUCACGUUCAGAACAGGCGGCGUGGCCAAAACUUUGGGCGAGGCGACGCUGCGGAACCGUGUGAAGAGUCAUCCUGAUGUGGGGGAACGGUGGUAUCCUGAUAUCCUGGCAGCGAUCCGCCAGGAGCAGGCGAUUGCGGCGAAAUAA